AUGUCCUUGCAUUGCUGCGACAACCUUCCAUGCAGCAGUGCGCUGAACCUCGCAUCAACCGAUGUUUAUCUUUUGGGGCUGCGGAACGCCAAGAGCUCACUCUGGUCCAAAGUGACAGAGGGAGACAUGGCCAUGGCAAAAACCUUGCUGUAUUGCUUGUCUCUUGCCUCUGCCGACGCUGUGGAGCCGGUGGAGACUGUGGGUCCGGAGCCAGUGGAGCCGGAGGAGCCCCCACGAUUCCUUCAAGCGCGGGUGGGGGAGCCCAGUACCCACUUCGGAGCAGCGACCAAGGCCUUGAAGCUUCAAUCCCAAGGCCACCCUUCAGCCGACCGUAGGUCAGCUGCUGGAGUAGGUAGCAAGGAAGCGCCAUCAAGCCGCAGCGCUGUUGCCACCAGUGUCAGCAGUGAUGGUGGAGCUGAACUGUGGAUGUCUAAGCUGGCGCUGAAUUACGUGGCUCAGGAGCUGCUGCCACAAGUGCUGCAGAAUCUUACGAAGGUGCCCCUGGGAAGUUUCAGCGGCAGCUACAAAGGCGUCCAAUACCGACUGUGGGAUGUUGAUCUGAACCACGUGGGUAUCAAGACACCUAGUAUUGAGUUCAGAAAAGACAAGGGUGUACAGCUGUGCUUGUCGGGCAUUUGGGCCAAUGUCACUUCGGACUGGAGUGCGGAAUGGUACUUCCUGUCUCUUAAUGGAGGCACCAGUGUGCUGGUCACAGAUGGUCAGCUUUGUGCCGACCUCGGCCUGAAGGCCUUGUCGAGACGUCCUCAGGUGGAAGUGAGUGAUUUGAACGUGAACUUAGAGCUUGGCCCCAUCACCUUCUCAGGCACCAGCAUUCACUGGCUGAUGAAUGCAGCGGCUUUCCUGUUCGAAUCCUACUUAGAGGAUUUGGCCGCCAAAACCAUCAAGUCCAACGUGGAGGCGGCCGUGAAGACCAGCUUGGCGGAGUCCUUGCAGAAGAUGAAUCUCUCUGCAUCGGUAGAUUUGCCAGAUGUCAAUCAAUCGGUGGCCGUAGACCUCUCACUUCAAGCCAUAAAGACGACGGAGGACUAUCUGCAGGUAAAUGUGGACGGCCUCCCAUCGGUUGGAAACCAGAGCUGUCCCUUUCCUCGACAACGAUGGCAGAGUAAGCUGCCGGAGGGAUGGAAGCAGCGAAUGGUCUCCGGAUCGCUGUCCGAUUGGGGCAUCCACUGUGGCAUUUGGGCGGUGAAUCGCACCGGCCUUCUCAGCUACAAGUUGCUACCCUGGUGGGUACCGAACAACACCCUAGGCAUUGGGCUCUACUCAGAUUUCAUGUCCCUGCUGGUCCCAGGGCUGAAACACAAACACCCAUACAACAAACGGAACUAUCCGCUGGAGAUGACGUUGAUGCCUUUGCCAACACCUUCCUUCAAAUUUGAAUCAGGCUAUAUGUACUUAGUCUCGCCGAUCUUGUUCUCCUUCACGACUUUGCUGACGAAGUCGGGGAAGCGCGAGUUUUGCUUUAGCUUUAUCGCUGACGUCCAUGCGCAGGGCUACCUUUGGAUCGAACAGAAUCCAAUGAGGCACCCAGUGAACAGGUGA